AUGGGUUCUUAUCAUGAUCAUCAUAUCAUUUCCCUUCUUUUGGCUAAGGAAGUGGAAGCAGCAUGGACUGAUAAUGACGAAGCGUUGCUGCAAGCUCAUCAUCUCAAGGCAUCUUGGGCUUUGUUGCUUGGCAGACUCUCAGAAACACCAACGACGACAUUUGCAGUAUUGGAACAACCGGCAGUCCCACCGAGCGAUGCGUGUUCGAAAUUAGUGCCUUCGGUUCCACAUCUAGAGACCUGGGAGAUAUCAGACAGUCCGGAUAGUCUCUUGGUAGAUGUAGCGAAGCAAAAGCAAAGAGAGCCUCUUCCAGGGACACAGCCCUCAACGGGUGUGGUCAUCAGGUGGCAUGAUGAACCGAACGGUCCGAGCUUGUUACCCGGCGCAUUCAAUACAAUGGUGGUUUUGGACUGCAGUACAUCGCCCGCCCAAAUAUCCAUGGAAUACUCAAGGACAUCUCUCACUAUGAACCAAGCAUGGUCACAAUUAACGGCAAUGGUUCACAUUUUGGAGCAAAUGAUUACGAGCCCAGGCGUAUCACUGCGAGAGGUGGAUUUCCUGGGCUCAUAUGGCAUCGGGUUGAUCCGACAAUGGAAUAACCCGUACUCACUCGCACGACCACAAGUGUGCAUUCAUACCUUGAUCCUAGAACAUUGCCGAAGUCAACCCGAGGCUGAGGCGCUGUGUGCUUGGGAUGGUUCCAUCACGUAUGCAGAGCUUGGUCAACUAUCACUCGCAGUCGGACUUCAGCUGCUGUCACUUGGUGUUGGCCCAGAGUCAGUGGUGCCGCUGUACUUCGAAAAGUCGCGCUGGGCCGUGGUCGCCAUGAUUGGAGUGCUAAGAGCGGGGGCUGCUUUUGUUCUUCUCGAUCACUCUCAUCCUAUGGCUCGUCUAGUCGAGAUUUGCUCAGAAGUGCAAGCAACAGUUGCCAUCGCAUCAGAGUCAUUGCAGGAACUGGGUCAGCAGCUGGGCCCUCGGGUUAUCACGGUCCUCGACACGAUGAAGAAUCACGUUGAGACUAGCAAAAAUACCUUUACCGCAUCUGUCAAGCCUUCAAAUGCCGCAUACGUCGCGUUUACUUCUGGCUCCACUGGAAAGCCCAAAGGGAUUGUGAUUGAACAUCAGUGCUUCGUUGCAAAUACGCUGGCCCAGAACGCAGUCCAGAAUAUCAAUAGACAAACACGAGCAUUUCAGUUUGCAUCCUAUGGGUUUGAUAGCAGCAUUCUUGAGACACUCAUGACUUUGGUGGCGGGUGGUUGUGUCUGUAUACCCUCGGACCAGCAGCGUCUCAACGGUCUGGCAGACGCUAUCCGUGGGCUGCGAGUCAAUUGGCUCGAACUCACUCCAUCGGUGGCACGGUUUAUAAAUCCCAAGGAGGUUCCCGACGUGCGAUCUGUCUUGCUUGUCGGUGAGCCCAUGUCUCAAGACCACAUCAAACAAUGGUCCAGGACGGGGAAGGUCCAACUCCUCAACGCAUAUGGCCCUGCCGAGUGCAGUGUGGUAACCACUGUACAGCCCCAUGUGCGGUUGGAAGAUCCCCAAAAUAUCGGCCGUUCAUAUAGCAGUCACUGUUGGAUCGCCAACCCUCAAGAUCACAAUCAGUUAGAGCCCCUGGGUGCAGUGGGGGAAUUACUUAUCAGCGGACCAAUUGUGGCGCGAGGCUAUCUCCACCAGCCCCACCAAAGGUCUUUCAUCUCCAACGCUCGUUGGACAACGCGAUUCGGGAUUCCUCCAGGUGAACGCAUUUAUAAAACUGGAGAUCUUGUCCGAUAUAACCUCGAGGAUGGCACGCUGCGAUAUGUUGGGCGCAAGGACCGGGAGGUGAAAAUCCAUGGGCAGCGUGUUGACCUGCAGGAAAUUGAGCACCAUGUCUCUAAGUUUCAGAAGGGAAUACUUGCAGUGGCCGAGGUACUUCAAGUCAACGGUAGCAGCGCGGGGAAACUCCUCGCGCUGUUCAUUGCCACUGCAGAUAAUGGCGAGGCUCUCGUGACGAAGGAAAGCUUCAUUGUCCCCAUGAAUGACAACCUCCUCGAUUUGGUGACCGACAUCAAACGCUGGCUUCGUGACUGUCUACCGCCAUACAUGAUUCCAACGAAAUAUAUAUUCGUCAACCGAUUCCCUCUAACGAGAACUGGCAAGCUCGAUCGACGGGCCUUGGUUGAUCUUGGAGCAGCAUCCAGUCAGUCGCCGUCUGGAGAGCACCCGUCGAAUCAGCGCGAUAGAGAAGAUGUCGAGCUGGAUUCAGAACUUUUCUCGAGGGAAAUUACCUUGUGUUCAGCGUUUGCUGAAGUAUUGGGUUGCCCGGAAAGAAACAUCGGUGCCCAAGACGGUUUCUAUGACAUGGGAGGGAACUCAUUAGCUGCUAUCGAGCUGGUAGCCCGUGCACGCAAGCGUGGUCUGGCGAUAACCGUGGCGGAUGUCAUCCGUCUUCAGAAUCCACAAGAUAUCGCGCGAUGUACUGUGGAAAGUACAGAGGUUCAUGACAUCUUGCCAUUCUCUCUCCUCGCGGAUGCCGAACAGGGUCUAUCCGCCGCGACUGCCCAGUGUGCCAUUGAGAGAGAAAUGAUUGAAGAUAUUUACCCUUGUACCCCACUGCAAGAGGGCCUUAUGAAUCUGUCCGUCAAGAAUCCAGGAGCUUUCAUGGGCACAUACCGGUUCUCGUUGGCUCCUUCUACCAACCUGCAUCGGAUAUGGGCUGCAUGGGAACAACUUUGGCUCGUACAUCCCAUCCUCCGAACACGCAUGAUUCAACUCCAGGAUGGGCAAACCCUUCAAGUAGUCACCAAGCCCAAGUCCCCAUGGAAAGAUAUCUCAGCCAUGGAUGAUUCCCAACUCAUGAACUUGGGGACCCCUCUCGCGCGUGUGACAUUCCAUUCUGGACAAACUUCCAGCGGAUCGGACUCUGACAUAUUUCUGCUGACCAUGCACCACGCUCUUUAUGAUGGAUGGUCAUAUUUGCAGCUGCUCGAGGACCUCCAGGUGAUUUACAACGGGGACAGACCGCCACCACGCCCGGGCUUCAAUCAUGUCAUUCACUACAUCUCCAAACCAAACGUUGAUGACGCCCACUCUUUUUGGACGCAAGAGUUCAGUGGCUUCCAAGGAACAAUGUUCCCUGUCUCUCCCCAACGGCCUUCGGCCUCGCCACAUUGGCAAGUCAGAAGCCAGCAAACUAUCCUGGCCAAGUCAGAUAUGGACUGGACCUUAGCCAAUAAAAUCAAAUUAGCGUGGGCUCUCGUGGUCUCUUCCCAAACUCACUCACAUGAUGUGGUAUACGGAUUGACGGUUUCGGGCCGGAACGCCCCAGUUCCAGAGAUCGAUCGUAUUGCUGGGCCAACUUUUGCAACAUUUCCCUUCCGCACGCAGCUUGAUGAUGAGAUAUCGGUGAAAGAUAUGUUGAUUCAGAUGCGACACCAUGACGUCUCCAUCAUGCUAUUUGAGCAUACCGGUCUCAGGCGUAUCGCGGAGUCAAGCUCAGACGCAGCCCUGGCUUGUGGAUUCCAGAAUCUUCUUACCGUCAGGUUGCAAUCUCUUCAGAUUCCUCGGGGCGCAUUUAUUGCCUUGCCUGAAAACGAAGACCACGAUUUUAAGUUUGCGUCGUAUCCCCUGUCAGUCGUGGCCCAGCAGCAAGAUACAAUACUCGAGGUCAAGGCCGUCUUCAAUAGCCACAUUCUGAGCUCCGAUAGGGCUGAGGCACUCUUAGAACAGUUUGAUGCUUUGCUGCAGCGAAUUUUCCAGAAGCCCGAGGCAACAAUGAAGGACCUGAGGAGCCAGCUGCCUCCCGAGUGGGAGCAAUUGGCGACGAUGAACAAAAAGACCCAGCCUCACCUGCAUUGCCUACACGAUAUUAUCCAGGGCCUCGGCGCCACCCAACCAAACUCAGAGGCUGUCUGCGCAUGGGAUGGCUCCCUGACAUAUGAAAAUCUUGUCACGUUGGCGCGGAGAUUAGCAGGCCAUCUCCAGUCUUUCGGAUCUGGGUCGGAACCCAGUGCAGUGAUCGGUAUUUGCGUGGAAAAAUCGAAAUGGUUUCCCGUUGCCAUCCUGGGCGUCAUGAUGUCUGGGGCCGCCAUGGUUUUGUUAGAACCUAACUUCCCUGUACAGCGUUUGCAGCAUAUCUUGCGAGAUGCCGGGGCGCGAACUAUCAUAUGCUCUGCGGUAUUCCAAGAGAAGUGCACUGGCAUGGUCGACGAUAUAUUGGUUCUGACUCCGGAUAUCGUGACCCAAGCGGACUACGACGCUUGGACUCCGCCAGCUGUGUCUCAUCGAGAUCCAAUGUAUGUUGCUUUCACAUCCGGGUCAACCGGUGCCCCAAAGGGUGUUGUGAUAGAGCAUGGCAUGGUAUAUUCGAUGGUUCAAGCCCAUAAGGACAGGAUCGGCGCAUCAAUUGCGUCCCGGGGCUUGCUUUUCGCCUCGCCCGCGUUCGAUAUCUGUCUUGCUGAGAUUGUCCUUAUCCUCGGUGCGGGGGGCUGCGUCUGUGUGCCUUCUGAAGCCCAACGCCUGAGCAGCUUGGCGAAAACGAUGACAGCCAUGCAGGUCAACAUGGCCAUGCUGACUCCUUCGGUGGCGCGAACCCUUUCUCCAGCAGCGGUCCCUUAUCUCCAAACCCUGAUACUUGGAGGGGAGCCACCAUCAGCCUCUGAUCUGGCGAAAUGGGCUUCAAGGGUCCGUCUGCAUCAAUCCUAUGGUCCCGCCGAGUGCGCUAUGUACACGACCACUACAGCGCCAUUGACUCCCACCUCGGAUUUUGGCAACGUUGGAUCUUCUCCAAAUGCAUCCUGUUGGAUCGUUAACCCAGAUAACCAUGAUGAGCUUGAACCUGUGGGGUCUGUAGGAGAACUAUUGAUUGGUGGGCCGAUUGUUGGAAGAGGAUAUAUCAACCGAGCCCAGGAGUCUGCAGCAGCCUUCAUUUGUGAUCCUGUCUGGGUCGACAAAUUCCCUUUCAUGAGAAGAGACCGGCUUUAUAAGACUGGUGAUCUUGCUGUAUUGAAUGCCGACGGGUCUUUAACUUUGGUCGGUCGAAAGGAUACACAGGUCAAGCUCAAUGGACAACGGAUUGAGCUGCAUGAGAUCGAGUAUUGUGCGGAGAGAUACCAACAUGGCACUGCGGUCAUUGCGGAAUUGAUAACACCUGCCGGCAUCCAGAGACCCAGACUUGUCAUGUUUGUCUAUGACCCUGGGACAGUAGAAACGACGGUUGACAUCACGUCGACUUAUCAUGACCAUCGGGAAGUGUUUCUCUCCCCAUCAACGCAAAACCGAGUUUACCUUGAAGGUAUAAAACAUCAUCUCAGCCAACACCUUCCACCGUACAUGAUACCGUCCCUUUUCCUUUCACUAUCACGUCUACCGCUAAGCCCGAGUGGCAAAGCCGACCGCAAGACACUACGUCAGAUUGCAUCGAAAAUGGACAGACAGACAUUGGAGAUGUAUCUGGACAACCCGGUGGAAGAGAAAGGGGAACCAGUCACUGAGCAAGAGCGAUUUGUGCGUGCAAGUUUUGCGACAGCCUUAUCAUUAAACGAGGAGGCCAUUGGUAUGGACGAUAACUUCUUCGCUCUUGGAGGCGAUUCCAUCACUGCCAUGCGGGUUCUCACGUUCUGUCGGAGCAGGAACAUGGCCAUCUCGAUGCAGGAAUUCCUCUCAAAGAACACUGUAUCGUUGUUUUGCGCACAUGUCAUUAUGAAUCAAGGCGCGGCCGUUGAUUCCAAAAACCAGAAACUGUUGAAUUCAAAAGAAUCCGUUAGAAGGGAAGAUCAACCCGUCCAGUUUGAGCACAUGGAUUACCAGCUGGAUAUGGUUCGAUCUCUGUUGAAUUUGUUGAAAUCGGAUUCUAUCGAGGAAGUCUACCCCUGCUCUGGUGCCCACAGUGGGGUGUUGGAGCUCUAUACGUCCAAUUACACGAGCACUGCAAUUUUCAAAAUCUCACCUACAGGAUCAGUUACUCCGACACAGGUGAGCAAUGCUUGGAAUCAACUAGUGCACCGUCAUGUCGCCUUGCGGACAGUCCUCAUGAAAGAGCCAAAUGUUCACGCAGAUUAUCUUCACGUCGUCCUCCACAAGGGACCAGGUCAAAUUAUUACUCUUCCUCUCAGCAAUAAUGCCCUUUCGGAACUGAAAAAUCUCGAGCCAGUCCAAUCCUGGGGCCUGUCACCACCACACCGGUUAAUCAUCGGUCAGGACCAUUCUGGAACGGUCUUCAUGAGGCUGGAAACAGGAUGUGCCUUGAUUGACGCUUUCUCCAUGACCAUUCUACUAGAAGAACUUUCGCUCGUGCUCCAAUGUCGGCCAUUGCCGGAGAAAGGGGUCUCGUAUCGGCAAUAUUUGUCCUAUUUACGCAGCCUGUCGCCUGCAGAAACACUGCAAUACUGGACACAGGCGCUUGGUGGAGUUUAUUCCUCCCACCUGCCCAGAUUACCCGCCACGCAGUCUAUUCUGGCCGAAUCUCGCUCGCAGAGCCGCUACCUUCCAUUCGCGCAAUCAAAGCGCCUAGAUUCCCUCUGGCGCUCCAACAAUCUCACCAUUACCAACGUUUUCCAACUGGCAUGGGCCUUAACCCUCACCCACUAUACCAAUUCCCGCGAUGUAUGCUUUGGAACCAUCACCUCGGGACGUGAUAACCCCCAUCUCGAAGUAUGGAAUAUUGUCGGAUCAUUUUUCAACGUUCUUCCGUGUCGAAUUUCGAUCGAUUCUACGCGCACAGUGUUGGACACCCUCCGACACAACCAGGAGGAAAUUCAACGUCGAAAUGACCACCAAUACUGUUCUAUACCAGACAUAAUUCGUAAAUCUGAGAUAAAAAGCUUAGAGGAUGGUCAGCAGCUGUUUAAUACAGUUCUGACAGUGCAGAAUCCAUCCUCAACCCAAUCGUCUACUGGGAAAGAUGGGAGCAACGAGAUCAAUAUCACACUCAUUGACUUAGAGGAUGCCACUGAGUAUGACCUUUGCGUGGCUGUUCUUCCUUCUGGUUCCAACGUUGAGGUGGAAUUACGCUACUGGUCGACGACUGUAUCUGAGGAAUACGCUUCGGAUAUUCUGGAUCGCCUUUUCGACCAGCUGGAACAGAUUUUGCAGCAUGCGACCAAACCUUUGAGCGUUAUCACCGGCAUUUGA